AUGCCUCCACGACCAUCAUCAGGUGAACUGUGGGGCAUCCACUUGAUGCCCCCAAGAAUCCUAGUAGAAUGUUUAUUACCAAAUGGAAUGAUCGUGACUUUAGAAUGCCUCCGUGAGGCUACAUUAAUAACCAUAAAGCAUGAACUAUUUAAGGAAGCAAGAAAAUACCCUCUCCAUCAACUUCUUCAAGAUGAAUCUUCUUACAUUUUCGUAAGUGUUACCCAAGAAGCAGAAAGGGAGGAAUUUUUUGAUGAAACAAGACGACUUUGUGACCUUCGCCUUUUUCAACCCUUUUUAAAAGUAAUUGAACCAGUAGGCAACCGUGAGGAAAAGAUCCUCAAUCGAGAAAUUGGUUUUGUUAUCGGCAUGCCAGUGUGUGAAUUUGAUAUGGUUAAAGAUCCAGAAGUGCAGGACUUCCGAAGAAAUAUUCUGAAUGUUUGUAAAGAAGCUGUGGAUCUUAGGGAUCUCAAUUCACCUCAUAGUAGAGCAAUGUAUGUCUAUCCUCCAAAUGUAGAAUCUUCACCAGAACUGCCAAAGCACAUAUACAAUAAAUUAGAUAAAGGACAAAUAAUUGUGGUGAUUUGGGUAAUAGUUUCUCCAAAUAAUGACAAGCAGAAAUAUACUUUGAAAAUCAACCAUGACUGUGUGCCAGAACAAGUAAUUGCUGAAGCAAUCAGGAAGAAAACUCGAAGUAUGUUGCUAUCCUCUGAACAACUAAAACUCUGUGUUUUAGAAUAUCAGGGCAAGUAUAUUUUAAAAGUAUGUGGAUGUGAUGAAUACUUCCUAGAAAAAUAUCCCCUGAGUCAGUAUAAGUAUAUAAGAAGCUGUAUAAUGCUUGGGAGGAUGCCCAAUUUGAUGCUGAUGGCUAAAGAAAGCCUUUACUCUCAACUACCAAUGGACUGUUUUACAAUGCCAUCCUAUUCCAGACGCAUCUCUACAGCUACACCAUAUAUGAAUGGAGAAACAUCUACAAAAUCCCUUUGGGUUAUAAAUAGUGCACUCAGAAUAAAAAUUCUUUGUGCAACUUAUGUAAAUGUAAAUAUUCGAGACAUUGAUAAGAUCUAUGUUCGAACAGGUAUCUGCCACGGAGGAGAACCCUUAUGUGACAAUGUGAACACUCAAAGAGUACCUUGUUCCAAUCCUAGGUGGAAUGAAUGGCUGAAUUAUGAUAUGUACAUUCCUGAUCUUCCUCGUGCUGCUCGACUUUGCCUUUCCAUUUGCUCUGUUAAAGGCCGAAAGGGUGCUAAAGAGGAGCACUGUCCAUUGGCCUGGGGAAAUAUAAACUUGUUUGAUUAUACAGACACCCUAGUAUCUGGAAAAAUGGCUUUGAAUCUUUGGCCAGUACCUCAUGGAUUAGAAGACUUGCUAAACCCUAUUGGUGUUACCGGGUCAAAUCCAAACAAAGAAACUCCAUGCCUAGAGUUGGAGUUUGAUUGGUUCAGCAGUGUGGUAAAGUUUCCAGAUAUGUCAGUGAUUGAAGAGCAUGCAAAUUGGUCUGUAUCCCGAGAAGCAGGAUUUAGUUAUUCACAUGCAGGACUGAGUAACAGACUAGCUAGAGACAAUGAAUUAAGAGAAAAUGACAAAGAACAGCUCCGAGCAAUUUGUACACGAGACCCUCUGUCUGAAAUCACUGAGCAAGAGAAAGAUUUUCUGUGGAGCCACAGACACUAUUGUGUAACUAUCCCUGAAAUUCUACCUAAAUUGCUUCUGUCCGUUAAAUGGAAUUCUAGAGAUGAAGUAGCUCAGAUGUACUGCUUAGUAAAAGAUUGGCCCCCAAUCAAACCUGAGCAGGCAAUGGAGCUUCUGGACUGUAAUUACCCAGAUCCUAUGGUUCGAGGUUUUGCUGUUCGAUGCUUGGAAAAAUAUUUGACAGAUGACAAGCUUUCUCAGUACCUAAUUCAGCUAGUACAGGUCCUAAAAUAUGAACAAUAUUUGGAUAAUCUGCUUGUGAGAUUUUUACUCAAGAAAGCACUAACAAAUCAAAGGAUUGGACACUUUUUCUUUUGGCAUUUAAAAUCUGAGAUGCAUAAUAAAACAGUUAGUCAAAGAUUCGGUCUGCUUUUGGAAUCCUAUUGUCGUGCCUGUGGGAUGUAUCUGAAGCACCUGAAUAGGCAAGUUGAAGCUAUGGAAAAGCUCAUUAACUUAACUGACAUUCUCAAGCAGGAAAAGAAGGAUGAGACACAAAAGGUACAGAUGAAGUUUUUAGUUGAGCAGAUGAGGCAACCAGAUUUCAUGGAUGCUCUACAGGGCUUUCUAUCUCCUCUAAACCCUGCUCAUCAACUAGGAAAUCUCAGGCUUGAAGAGUGUCGAAUUAUGUCUUCUGCAAAAAGGCCACUGUGGUUGAAUUGGGAGAACCCAGACAUCAUGUCAGAGUUACUGUUUCAGAACAAUGAGAUCAUCUUUAAAAAUGGGGAUGAUUUACGCCAAGAUAUGCUAACGCUUCAAAUUAUUCGCAUUAUGGAAAAUAUCUGGCAAAAUCAAGGUCUUGAUCUUCGAAUGCUGCCUUACGGUUGUCUCUCAAUUGGUGACUGCGUGGGACUUAUUGAGGUGGUGAGAAAUUCUCACACUAUCAUGCAGAUUCAGUGCAAAGGGGGCCUGAAAGGUGCACUGCAGUUCAAUAGCCACACACUGCAUCAGUGGCUCAAAGACAAGAACAAAGGAGAAAUAUAUGAUGCAGCCAUUGACCUCUUUACACGUUCAUGUGCUGGAUAUUGCGUGGCUACCUUCAUUUUGGGAAUUGGAGACCGUCACAAUAGUAACAUCAUGGUUAAAGAUGAUGGACAACUAUUUCAUAUAGAUUUUGGACACUUUUUGGAUCACAAGAAGAAAAAAUUUGGUUAUAAACGAGAACGUGUCCCAUUUGUUUUGACACAAGAUUUCUUAAUAGUGAUAAGUAAAGGGGCCCAAGAAUGUACAAAGACGAGAGAAUUUGAAAGGUUUCAGGAGAUGUGUUACAAGGCAUAUCUAGCUAUUCGGCAGCAUGCCAAUCUCUUCAUAAACCUUUUCUCAAUGAUGCUUGGCUCUGGAAUGCCAGAACUACAAUCUUUUGAUGACAUUGCAUAUAUUCGAAAGACCCUAGCCUUAGAUAAAACUGAGCAAGAGGCUUUGGAAUAUUUCAUGAAACAAAUGAAUGAUGCACAUCAUGGAGGCUGGACAACAAAAAUGGAUUGGAUCUUCCACACAAUUAAGCAGCAUGCAUUGAACUGAAAUGAGAAGUGAGAAACUGAAAGCUCAAUAUCUGGAUUCUUCACUGCACUGUUAAUAACUGACAGCAGGCAAAGACUGAUUGCAUAGGAAUUGCACAAUCCACGAGCAGCAUUAGAACUUACAGCAAGAAACAGAAAUAAAAUACUACAUAAUUUAAAUAAUGUAAACGCAAACAGGGUUUGACAGCACUAAACUAGUUCAUUUCAAAGUUAAGCUUUAGAAUAAUGCGCAAUUUCAUGUUAUGCCUUAAGUCCAAAAAAAGGUAAACUUUGAAGAUUGUUUGUAUCUUUUUUUAAAAAACAAAACAAAACAAAAACCCCCAAAACAUAUAGAAAUGAUGGAAAAGAAAACAGAAUGAUGUUCUGUAUGUCCUGCAAAUGUUCUGUUUUGAAAUGUGGAUACAACGAGGCUGUUACUGCAUUAGGUCCAAGUAAACUGGAGUUUAUGUUAAAUUACAUAAGAUUGGAAAAGAAUGAAAACUUUUUAUUUUCCCAUUGCUGUUCAAUUUAUAGUUUGAAGUGGGUUUUUUGACUCCUUGUUUAAUGAAGAAAAAUGCUUGGGGUGGAAGGGACUCUUGAGAUUUCACCAGAGACUUUUUCUUUUUAAUAAAUCAAAUCUUUUGAUUAUUUGAAAGGUCUUAUCUGCAGAUUUUAGAAGGAGUCACAAAUGAGACCUGUUAUAACAUGGUGUUUUGUUGGAUUUUUUUUGUUGUUGGUUUGUUGCUAUUAUUGUUUUCUGACAGUAUUGACAAGAUCUGACUCUUAUUUCCUAGGGAAAUUCUGGGCUCCCACAAACUAAAAUAAUCAUCUUAGAAAAAAGAAUGAGCAGGAAUAGUUCUUGUUCCAGAAUUGUACAGUAUUCACCAUAAGUUGAUUUUUUUCUCCUUUUGCAUUUGAAUUGAAUACAUUUUUUCAUGCAUGUUUUCCAGAAAAUAGGAGUGUUAAUGUUAUUAAAAAGAUUAUUUUUUUUAUUAAAAGCUAUUUAUAUUAUAGAAACUAUCAUUAAUAUAUAUUCUUUAUUUACAUAAUCUGUCCCAUAGUCAUGCAUUGUUUUGCACCCCAAAUUUUUUAUUGUUUGUAGCAGCAUGAUUCGCUUUCCUCUUGGUCUAGAGAUGAGGCUCAAGCACUAUCCCAUUUACUCCAGUACGCAGUGUAUAACUACUUAAGGAAAGCAGAUUGAACUUCAUCCUCUUUCCUUUCCUUUCUAUUUUCACAUGAUGCCCUCAUCUUCCAUCCUUUUUUAGUUGGAAUGACUCAAUCAUGUGAAAUUAGUUACCAAAUUAACACAGUUUAGACUAUCAUCCUGACUGCUUAAACCCCUCUACUGAGAUCUGCUCAUGAAUAGUACUUUAUAAUAUUAGGGAAUAGAAACCGUGAAGUUUUUACUUUUCAAAGCUAUUUAUCCAUAUUUCAAAUUAAAAGUAGGACAUGAAAUCAAUUGCAGAUGAUAUCCCAUUUCCUAAGUGGUCAGGUCUCAUUCCAACUUCAUUAAAUCCCAUUUGAGCACAGAACACAUUCUCAAACAUUUUGAAAAAUAUUCUUCCAAAAUGUAGGAACUAAUGCUAGUCAUCAUUCUAGGAUCUGAUAUUUUAUUCAGUUUUUUAAAUGAAUGACUAAUGUUCUAGGAAAUAGUUUUAGCAAAUUCCCAGGUGCCACACCAAAACAAAAAAAGUGCAAUAAUUUACUGACAGUUUCUAGAUUAGGCAUAUUAUUGGAGAACAACUUUAUAAAGAGUGCACAUUGUAUAAUCUAGUAAAACAGCAUCACUUUAAAAUAUUCAUCUACAAAAUCAGAUACCUAUAGAAGUCUUAAAUAGUGAACAAGGGACUCUAAUGCAAAUACUCUUAAUAUCUGGCUAUUUUAGAACCCUUAAAGGGCAUAAUUAACGAAGAUUUAGGUACUUCACUAAAGCAUGUAUAUAAUGCCAACAUGAAAAAUAAAUUUGAAGAUUAGGGGAACUUAUUUCUGUAAAUUGUCUGAAAUAUUUAUGCAGAAUUUAAUCUGUUUUAAGUUGGAAAGCAGAUAGAUUCUGCAAAUAGAGAUUUCAUUAUUUAAACAACAUUUUGUGUUAUAUAGAUAUAUGCAGUUGAUACAUACUAACAUCGCAGCCUUUUCUGUAUCAGGGAUUGAUUAUAAGAAAACUCAGUGAAAUGGUACAAAUCCAAAACUUUGAUGGGGAAAACUGAAGAAGUAACAGAGAACUGUGUUUUACUCAAGUGCCAAGAAAGCCUUGAGCCUCCUUGCACAAAAUCUGUUCAAUUUUUGCAUUUUUUUUUUCACAUUAAUGCAGGUAGUUGCCCACUUCCUAUUUCCCAAGACCUCUUUGCCAUUAAAACACACAAGCCACAUAGCUUAUUUCAUUACAUACAUUUAUUUUUAAGUUAUUACAACCAAAUUAAUUCAAUUUGAAGAAGUAUAGAUAAAUUCUGUAAAGAAUAUAGAUUAAGUGAUCUAGGAAACAAAGGAGGACAGUUAAUGUUCAGAAAGGCAAAGGCCAAAAGUGGAAUGGAAAGCUACACAGGGUGACAGAUCUGUUUCAGGUCUGUGAUGAUACAGCCGCUUCCAGGUACUUGAGUAUCAGGGGUCAGUGCCACAGCUGACCAUGUUUGUCAUCAACCAUGAUGUAAUUGACUGUUGGCUCCACAGUCUCAUUACUUGAGAAAUACUCCUUCAGUAAUUAGUUUGGAGGGAAAAAUCACAUCUAAAGAAAAAAGCCUAGCUUUAAAUACAGUGUAACAAGAAAUAGUCAACUGUUUAAAAAUCACACUUUUUAACAUAUGCUCAGCUAUAUGAAAACAUUUAUUUUGAGUAUUUUUAGACUGCUGUUAAUUUAAAAUCUAUUCAUAUUGUGGAAUUUGGGUUUUUUUUAAAAAAAGAUGUUUCUAAUUGGAUUUUUUAAAAGAAGAAAAAUUGGGCUGCUAUUUUAUGAUAGAACCUCAGCUUUUUCUGGUUUUUAGUGUCCUCUGUAAAACUUACUAUCAGUAAUUAACUUUGAGGUUUUCCCUUUAUUCUACUUUAUAUUACAAUCCCAUUAGGAAAUGGGAAACUGGUGAAUAUAUAAUGAAUUGUAAAAUAUUUUAAUGUGUAACUUUCAACUGUGAAACUAUGACUUUGGUAUUUUGAUGAAAACAGCUGCUGAUAAAGUAUUUUGUAUAAAGUGUAGUUCUUAUUAAUCAGGAAAUGAUGGUUUGAUUAGAUUGUGUAUACCCUUGGAUUUUAUUUUAAAUGGAUUAAUUUUCACAUAGGUAAAACACAGUCCAUCUGUGUUCUUUUUCCAUCAAAAACUGACUGAUUUGGCAUUAUUUUUUAAAAUUGUGAAAAGGCUAUCUCAAAGGCAUGAUGGAAAUUUCAUAGCACAUAAACUUGGAUUUGUUUCUUUACAGAAUGAUUUUGUAGAUCCAUUAACUCAUAUUUUGAUCAAUAUCCCAUGCUUGCCAACUCUUUUGAAAUUUAAUUUCUAGCAGUAUAUUCAAGCUACUAUGUUAACCUUUUCUGGACAUCAUAAGUUCCUUUUCUGUGCCUACACAAACUAUAGUCCUGGGCUGGACCCACACACUUGAAGUCCACCUUUAAAAAUUAUCUUGAUGUCCAAGGGAUCACUAAAAUAAUUAAGUUUAAAAACAAUAUAUAGUGUUAAUAGAUGGUGGUGCUUCUAUUUAAAGUCAACUUUCAUACUUCACGUGUUUUGAGAUUAAGGGAGUGUGAAGGGAGGGCACAGAACAGGGAGGAGUUGUUUGACUGAACCUGCAUUCUUUAUAUCCAUCCUCAGAUGGUGGCAUGUCUAAGAGAAAGCUGGAAGUUGUGAAAAUAUAUUAUGCAUACCAUGAAGGAAUUAACUCUUCAUCGAGGAUAGGUUGUGAAGGCUGAACUAUAUAAUUCAGUACUGACACACCUUCAAAUAAUAAUUCUUGGUGAAAGGAUAGUACAGCUGGGCUGUUUUUAAAAGUACAAACAGAACCAUUUUAAUGAAUACAUUAAAAUUGUACAUAUAUCUUAUGUGUCAUGGCCUGGGAAGAUGGUUUUCUUUUGUCAUGAAAAUUAUUUCUACUCUCUAAAAAGACUAUUAGGAUUAACUCAAGAUAAAUGUGGUCCCAAUAUAAUUGAAUUGGUAGCUGUACCUCAGAAAGUUAGGAGAGAAAAAAUAGAUGAGUUACACUUCAAUACUUCAGGCUCUUAACGUUACAGAAAUUUUUCCGAGCACUGUAUUUUGGAUUUGCAAAGUCAGAGUUGGCAUGUCUUAUUUUUAAUGGUGCUGGAGACAUUAAUAAAAAUUUUUGGCUAAAAUUUAAUCAUUGCUACAGCCCUUUGGAAAAGGCUGUAGUGUAGUGUGAGGACAUUCAUGGUAUUAGGUUCUCAAAUUUGGCAUUUAAAAUCCAUUUUGUUCUCUUCCUCUACUAUUUUGUGUGUUUCUGCACACAUCUCUAUUUGUGCACACAUUGCAAGCUCCAGUCAAGAGGAAUUUUUUAUAAAAUGCGUAAACAAAUACUAAGGUUCUAAAAUUCAGAAGAGUUUAGAAUUUAUUAGGAAUCUCCCAAGUUGGAAUGUUAAGUCUUCAAAUAUACUUAUUUAUUUCAUCCAAAUAUUCCACUUGAUUAAGGUUUUGCACUUCCUUUUCAUUAGUGGAGCACCAUUCCUCUUCCUUAGUUUUAGGUGUGUUAAUAGUCUAGCCACACUAGUUAGCAGAAAGUGGCAGGUGUGAGACAUAGGGAUAUCUUCUGACUUGUAACUUUUACACAACUACAUAUAAGAGUUUUAGUGGGGAGGGGAAGUAAAACUAGUCCAGUGUAUGUAUGUAUAGUAUAGUUCAGUGUAACUGAAUUUUCCCUGCCAAGAGAAUCCAUUCUUCAUGUUGGUAAGUACAGAAAAAGGUUUUAAAUACAUUUUGUAAGCCAAGUAGAGUCUGUUAAUCUGCAACCUUGCUUAAUCUGUCACUUCAAUAAUUUUGUAGCAAAACCAUGUACAUUUUAAGGUAUUCUUAUUUUUAUUGAUCUUUCUAGGUUACCAAGGAAAUAAAAUCCCUUUGGUGUUUCACAUUAAAAUAUCUUUAAUACGA